AGAAACAAAUAGGGAGAGAGCGAGUCGUGUAAUCGAGAAGGAGAAAGGCAGCAGACGGGAGAAAUGGCAGCGGCAGCGCCCCACCACCCGCGCCAAAGACCGCCGCUGCCACCGCAGACUAGACCCGUCCCUCCUCCGAGUAGGGCCCACCCUCUCAGUCGUUGGCCCGGCCUGGAACCAAUCGAUCGCGAAAAGACUUGCCCUUUAUUGCUUCGAGUUUUCACAAAGAUUGGAAGUCACCACAAGAUGGAAGACUUUGCAGUUGGAGGCAAAGAACCCAAGGAUGAGGUUCAAAUAUAUACGUGGAAAGAUGCAACUCUUCACGAACUAACUGACCUUCUCUUUUAUCAGGUCAAAGAGGUGGUUCCCGAGGCAAGGAGGCAAAGUGCAAGACUGUCAUUUGCUUUUGUAUAUCCUGAUAUACAUGGUCGUUUUAUGUUGAGAGUGGUGGGAGUGACACAUUCAAAUGCAAGACGGCCAUAUGAUGCCAAGGCAUUGGGUGAACUCAGCUUCCAGAUUGGAGAUUACUUAGAUGUGGCAAUCCUGUAAGGGUAAAGCUUCUGGGUGAAUGGUGUCAAACUGACAAUGAUGUUGUGUGGAUAAUGGUCUCUUCUCGAUUGAUCUUGGAAGGCCUGUCAUUCAUCAGGGUUUUUUUUUUUUCUUUUUUUUUGUUAAUGGAAGCUCUAUUUUUCUUUUGUUGGCAGUUAGAAUUCCUUAGGUGUUAGAACGAAGUCAUGUAUGAAUGCAAGUAUUAUGGAUGGUGCUAAAUUAUACUUUACCGUUGGUUUGCUAUCUCUUUAAAGAGAUGAAAAAAGGCAAAGGGGAAAGAAUUGAAUAGAUGAUCUCUCAAAUCUAAUCCUAA